UAGGCAGCGGGGAAAUGGAGCUGCCGGCUGUCGGCGCUCGAGGUGGGCCAGGCGGAGGCAGCCGAGAAAGAAACGGGACGACGGCGCAAAAGGGAUGGCAGGGCUGCGCCUCCCGCCGCUAGCCUCCUAAGGGGAGCCUCUCCGCCCCCUUCCCACGUUGCACCGGCGACGCUGGAGUCCGACUGUGCAUGGAGCGGCCGCGGCGGCGGGUUGCUCAGCAACUCUGGCCUGGGGAAGAGGCUUCGCUGCGCAGCUUUUCCCCCUUCCGCCGCCGCGCCCAGGUCCCCAGCGGGAAUGUAAGCAGAGUGGCGGAUGCGGAAAGACCAUCCUUGGCCCAGUGGAGAGGCUCCCCCAUCCAAGGAGCUUGGCUCAGCUGAAAAGCUACCUCCAGGGCGCUUGUUUCAGAGAACUAAUAUAAAUUAUAUGGCUCACAUCUGACAUCAUGCACCACCAGUGGCUGCUGUUAGCUGCAUGCUUUUGGGUAAUAUUCAUGUUCAUGGUUGCAAGCAAGUUCAUCACAUUGACCUUCAAAGACACUGAUGCAUAUGGGGCUAGGCAAGAGCCAUUAAUACUGACAGCUAUCACUGAAGUAGAAAAAAUUCACGUGAUAAAAGAGAAGAGUUUGCUCGAAGAGUUUCAGACAACAGGACGAGGUCUCUCUGAAGACCAUCUACAUCAGCCUCUGGUCCACUUGGAAAGGCUUGAAUUACUCAGGAAUAUGUGCCAAGAUACGUCACUGAGAAACCUCACCCAUAGCACUAUUUCAAAGUUUGUUUUGGACCGAAUAUUCGUAUGUGACAAGCACAAAAUCCUCUUCUGUCAAACUCCCAAAGUUGGCAAUACUCAGUGGAAGAAAGUCUUGAUUGUUUUAAAUGGAGCUUUCUCUUCCAUAGAAGAGAUCCCAGAGAGCAUUGUGCAUGACCAUGAAAAGAAUGGUCUGCCCCGCUUAUCUUCCUUCAGUGACUCUGAAAUUCAGAAAAGAUUGAAAUUAUACUUUAAGUUCUUUAUAGUAAGAGAUCCAUUUGAAAGGCUUAUUUCUGCAUUUAAGGACAAGUUUGUCCACAAUCCUCGAUUUGAACCUUGGUAUAGACAUGAAAUUGCACCUGGCAUCAUUCGAAAAUAUAGAAAGAAUCGCACUGAAACACGGGGGCUGCAGUUUGAGGAUUUUGUGCGCUACUUGGGUGACCCAAAUCAUCGAUGGCUGGACAUACAAUUUGGAGACCACAUAAUUCAUUGGGUAACGUACGUGGAACUAUGUGCUCCCUGUGAAAUUACAUACAGUGUUGUUGGACAUCAUGAAACACUGGAAGAAGAUGCGCCAUACAUCCUGAAGGAGGCAGGAAUAGACCAUCUGGUGUCAUAUCCCACAAUUCCACCUGGCAUUACAGUAUACAACAAAACCAAGGUGGAGUACUAUUUCUCAGGAGUUAGCAAGAGAGACAUACGACGCCUGUAUGCCCGCUUUGAAGGAGACUUUAAACUUUUUGGCUAUCAAAAGCCAGAUUUCCUACUAAACUGACACCUAGAAGCUGUGAAUAUAAUGAACUAUUACAUUAAACAAAACUGUACAGAUAAUCUUCUGCAUACCUGAGAUUCUAUUCUUUCCCCUUAGGUUUCAGAAAUUAUUCCACAUUUCUGUUGAACAUUUAGGAUCAACUUGAACUAUGAAUUGUUAACUACUGAAAAUAGUUUGAAUAUAUGACACUGCAAUAUGUUAUGAUCAAAACGUAUUAAAAAAGAGUGUUCCUCUUUCCCUUACCAAAUAGAGGAUGGACCAAUAACUUAUAUUAAAAAUUUGCAAGUGAAUGCAUUAUAAAGAACAUUUAGAAAUGGUAGUAGUUUUACUCUAUAGUAAGUGGACUAAAGACCUGAUUGUGAAAUUUAAAGGACCAAAAAAAUGAAAAAUGUUUUAUACUAGAAGGAAAUUUUCUGAUUCUACUGUAGGCUCAGUUUUGAAGGUCUUUCUUUUCUUGGUUUCUUGCCACAGCCCUAUAAUAGCUAUUCAUUGCUGUUCAUUCAGGCCAUACAGUUGUGUCUCUCAGCCAAUAAUUUCUGAAAGCAUCUCAAAUGGAAUGUGUGCAAAGGGAACAUAGAUCCCACUUUAAAAUUUUAAAUGCAAGGUUUUUAAUUUGCAAGACUGACUUAAGCAUCCAACAUUUGCUGUGCAUUUUGCCAAGGAUUGAUAAACCUGUGUGUUUUAACCAUGGGUUGUUUUUCUAAUGGUGCUGGCUAUCCUAAUAACCAGAUAAGCCAUGAAAAUAUAUGUGCGUUUGUCAUAAUACAUUGGAUCAAUCCUCCUCUCAAGUCCAGUGGUCCGUCUAUUGUAACUGGUUUUCAGUUUUAGAAAUGCCAUGCAAUGACACUGUCGGCAUCCAUGCUCAUAUCUUCUGUACGUGAAACAUUAACAUGUAAUGCAAGACAUAUGCAUAAUCCCUAUGGUCCUUCUUGAAAAGGGUGGAAAGACUCUUGGAAAUAGAUGCCUGCAGACAUAUUCAUAGAUGUUCUGCACUGCAUUGUAUGCAUUAUGUGUUUAGUAUUUCCAGCAUUAAAAGUGUGAAUUGGCCCUUGCAGUAUCACUUCAAGUGGAGGAACCCCCAAAUUUGAGUUUUUCUACAAGAUAUCUUGGUUUUUAUAGGUGGGUUUUCUCCAUGCUUGAGAUUGUCCUCCAUAUAAAGUGACAAAUGAAUAACUGGACACUUUGUAUUAGAAGUAUCUCUGUGUAUGCAUUUGCUUAAGGUUUAACAGCAAAAUUAAUGCCCAGAUAAAUAGUCCUAAGUUCUAAUUGGUACAUGUGGUGUUCUGGUUGGACCAAGGACAACUAGUGUGUGUGUGUGUGUGUGUGUUCACCAGCAAUAAAGAACUUCCUGUUGGUCAUCUUUGCUCCAGUGUAUUGCCAGGAGGGAGGAAGAAUGGUUGGAAUUUAAGUACUAUUGAGCCAAAGUUUGCUUUUGGACAGCCCUCAUUGACACUGGUCAUAAAGAUUGGAGCAUUGUUAUAGAUAUGCCUUGCUUGCUUGGCCAGAAGUAGUAAGAAUGGCAAGAAAAUUAAGAAGAUUAACUUCUUAAAUCUGGCCACAGUAUAAUUCUCAAGGAUGUGUUUUGUAUUUCUAAACUUGAAGAAAAAAAAUCAGUGCCAAAACUGCUGCUUCUCACAAAAAUGAAGCCCGCAUGAGCCAGAUCUGAUACUGAAAAAGUUCAUUCUGCACAAUGAGGUGUUGAGUAAACUCGAGAGGAUACUAAAAUGUAACGUCACUUGACUGUAGAUUGAGGAUGGUUUAUAUUUUUGAACACAUUUCAGCCUUAUUUCUAAAGAAAGUUGUGCAUGGAAUAGGCUCACUCUCUAGUUUCCACAAAGGCAGGGAGUUUUUAAUGGACAUAUGAAGCUGCCUUAUACCAGACUCUGUCAAACCGUAUAGUUCCAAAGACACGUUUUUGGAAGAGAGAGUGGUGAUUUCCACCGGUUCCUGCUGCAGACCCCUAUAAUUUACCUUCUGUGUUAUUCUUAAUGGUCUGCUGAACUUUGAGGAACAAAUUUUGGGAGUGGGGAGGGGGUUCAGUGGACCACAGUGGGAUGGAGGAAUAGGUAGAAAUUAUUGCUACAGCGUCCCAAAACUUAAGGCUGUGGAGUCAGACCAUUGCUCUGUCUGUCUUCACUGUUGUCUACUCAGACUUGCCAGUUGCUCUUUAGAGACUCGGGCAGGGAAGGGCCUUUCUGAAUAUCUGCUGCUUGAAUUUGAGAGGCCUGGGACUGAGCCUGGGAUUUUUGUAUGCAAAUUACGUGGAUCUCCCACUGGGCCACAGCCCCUUCCCUUUAGGGGAAUAUUCAAAAUAGCUUUUCCAUCUACCCGCAUGUAUAUAAGUGGCCUGAAGUGAUUCAGUCCAGAUGCUCAUACCUCAUUCUGCAUAAUGUAUGGAAUGACUGAUUUAUCGAAGGGAGAAUCAUUGUAGGAUGUUUCUCAUGCAGCUGUGUUCUUGGAUAUUCUUUCUCUGCAAGAAAACCAGAUGUGCAUUGCCAUGUAUCCAUGUGCUUCUGAUAUUUUCCCCCAUGUAGAAGGGAUAUCCAUGCAAAACCACCAUUACAUGUGUAGCUGCCUUUUGUAACGUUGAUGGGAGAUAUGUCCAAGAUGGCAAAGCUCAAAGUGCUCUUGUGAUUCUUUGGGGAGGGGGGAAUCAUAUUGACAGGAUCUUCAAAUCCAGUAGGUCUUAACAGAUAUAUAAAGCUCAGUUAUUUUUAUACAAAGUGUUAGAAAAGUAUAAUGUUUAAUGUAUUUCAAGACUAAUGAGCUGAUCAAGUUACCUCUCUGCUAAAUUAAAAUGUAGUAAAAUGUGAGAAAUGUAUA